CAUGAGGAUUGAGAAGCGUGCCAAUUGUUGGGACCUGGCCCUCUAAAAUAGACUUGUCCUAAGCUCAACUCUAAACCAAACAAACCAAGAGAAAACAGAUACAUACAUUACGGGUGUUCAAACACUCAAAAUAAUCCGCACACAAAGUGAUGUAAUGGGCAAUAAUCGCGAUACAGUGAUCAUCGCGGGAGCAAAGGUACUGGAGAACAGGAGAAUGCGGUGGAGGGCAUCAGAGGUCCUGGAUUUCAUCGAAGACGCAGAGAAGAAACAAGUGAAGGAUCCACAAGUGAAGUCAUGGCUUCAAGGCAUUAAGGAUCUAUGCUACGAGUUAAUUGAUGUUUCAGAAGAAUUUGAGCUAGAGCAACAGGCGAAGAAGUUACGCUUUGUAGGCCUCCAACACUUUAACGGUAACGUGAAAAGCAUCAUUCGUGAGUUUGAGAUCUUAAUUAAAAAGGUCGACGAAUUGAACCUAAUUGGUUCGAGUUCGGAACUACCAGUACCCGAGGCUGAGCUCGAGCCACAAAAUCUGCAUUCGAAUAUUACUGGCAAAGAGCUCAUGGUUGGUCGAGAUGCUGAAAUUCAAGACUUAAUUAGAAGGUUGACUAAGGAAUAUCAUAGAUGCAUAUGCCUUGUUGGAGAAGAGGUUGGAAUAGGAAGGACUGCGCUGGCCCGACAUGUCUACAACAGUUCUCAAGUGCAAAGUAAGUUUCAUUUCAUGGCAUGGGUAACUGUCUCUCAACAAUUCAAUGUGAAGCGAAUUGUUAAGACUAUGCUGGAAUUCGCUCCUGAAAAACCAGAGUACGUUGGUGAUGAAUUUGAAUUAUUGGAACUUGAGCUUCAUAAGUUCAUAGUCACGAGGGAGAAUAAAGUCGCAGAAGUAGCAAAAGAAGUAGCAGAAUCCACACACACCGUGUUUAUGACAAGUCUCUCCCCCGAAGCUUGCUGGUCAAUUAUGAAACAUCACGCAUUUGGUGAUGAUCUGAAGAAUGAGUCAUCGGUGGAAAGGAUAUUCGGGCAAGUUGGAAGAAAAAUCGCAGAAAAGUGCCCAGGGAAGCCAGUUGUUGCUAGAUCUUUAGGUGUUAUGUUGCGCGGCAGAUCUCACGAAGAAUGGCAUGAUGUAUUGAUGAGUGAGAAGCUAUCGGGGUACGACUUGAAAUCUUUACCCAUGUUGAGUGAAUACUUGUAUUCUAGAAUGCCUCCUGCUUUGAGACAAUGCUUGCUGUAUUGCUCCAUCUUCCCUAAGAAUCACUCCAUUCAAGUAGACAAGCUCGUCAAACUAUGGAUGGCGCAGGGCUUUAUUGCCUCCCAUGAAGAAGACAAGAUGGAAAUACAAGGCUGGAAAUACGUCAAGCAAUUGCGAGAUUGCUCUGCCUUCCAAGAAUUUGAACUGGAUGGUGAGGGCGCCUUCGUAUGCAAAUUGGAGGAAGAAAUGCAUGAAUUUAUUCAAGAUCUUGCGCAAAACGAAUGCCACAUAGUCUUUCUUGAUGAAGAGACAACCAUGGAAAAGUCCGGAGACAGUGACCGUGUAACACAGCCUCCUCAUUGUCGUCAUUGUACCCUUUGUCUUCAAUAUCAAACCUCUUUCCCAGAUUCAAUUGACAAUGGAGGUAAACUCAAGGCAGGUAAACUACACACUCUAAUGGUCUUGUCCGAGUCUUCUGACAUAGAUCCAACAAAUCUUGCCAGCCUUCUGUGUCUUGUGAAGAGGAUCAGGGCGUUGGAUUUGAGCUCUUGCGCAAUAAAAGAGCUUCCAUUGAAGGCAGCUGAGUUGCUACAUCUAAGGUACCUUAACCUGUCUUUCAAUCAUGAGCUAAAGAAGUUGCCUUCUGCAAUAAGUAACUUGCUUAAUUUGCAAACUUUAAAUCUCAACGGAUGUGAUAGUCUUCAGAAACUGCCAAAAAGUAUAGGCAAAUUGAUCAAGUUGCGACAUCUUGAGAUUCUCUGGACAACAAGCCUUAGCUACCUACCAAAAGGGAUUGCAAGCUUAACCUUGUUGAGAACCUUAAAUCGAUUCUUCGGGAGCAGUGGUGGUGCUAGCAGAAGCAAAGCAUGCAGUCUUGGAGAUUUGGAAAAUCUAAACAAUAUCGAAGGGUGUCUUACUAUAGAUGGAUUGGGUGGUGAAACUGAAAUUUCUGAAGCUACAAGAGCUGGUCUAAGGAACAAGAAAAAUCUGCUUGGCUUGGAACUGUGGUUUUCUAUCGUAGGAUUGAAGGCCAACGAUGAAGUCCUACUUGAUAGCUUAGAAGCACCUCCUCAAUUGCAACUCCUUGGAAUAUUUUACUACGGAGGAAGUUCAUUCCCCAACUGGAUGAUUGAAUUGAAUGAGCUAAAACAUCUAAUGCUUGUUAACUGCAGUAAAUGCAAUGUUUUGCCCCCUUUAGGGAAACUCCCAUUCCUUGAAUCACUUGAGAUCAAGAAUAUGCCUAAUGUGAAGAUGGUAGGUUUCGAAUUUCUAGGAAUAGGAUUAAACCAUGAGGAUGCUGGCAACGAAGGCUCCUCAUCUGAUGCAAUUGCAUUUCCCAGAUUGAGCAAGCUUCACUUCAUAAAGUUGGAUGAAUGGGAAGAGUGGACUGAACUCAAUGGUAAUGUUGGAGAUGAGAAGAUUAUGCCUCUACUGUCUUCUUUGUCAGUUGUAUACUGUGAAAAGUUAGAAUCACUUCCUGACUACAUCGAUAGGAAGAAAAAUCUGACACAAGUUAUUGAAGGAUGUCCUUUGCUACCAGAAAAAAAAAAAAAGGUGCAAGAAGAGAUGAAGAAAAUGUAUUCAAGAAACCAAGAAGAUUAAGAAGCUGGAGCUUCUUCUAAAUUCUCCUCCAUUUUCGCUUCGGGAGGAUCUUCAGUUCCUUUCUCAUUUUUCUUAGGGAGCUCCUUGUUAAUCACUUUCCCACUCUUUAGAGAGUUGUCCUUACAUUCUUCUCUAAAAUUCCUACUUGCACAUCUAGAUUUUUUAUGGAAGCUUCUUGAUUUUUGAGUUUUGUUCUUAUUUCUUCUAUGAAAUCUUGGGUUUAUUGCAUGAAGGUGACGCUGGUAUGGGAAAGUUUGUCUACUGUGAGCUCAAGAGAUGAUGAUUUUUUAUGGUUAGUUGUUGAUAUGGAAUAUUAAAUUUUCUUUGUCUUUGAUUACCCAACCAAAAUUGGGAUGGUUCCUCCAACCAGGAUUAUAAGUUUUUGAAAAUAAAUUAUUUUCUGGUCUUGAGGAAUAUCCCAUAAAAUUCACUUGCUUAAUGGAUGAAUGACCUCUCGUGUAUAUGUCACACCUUUCACUUGGAUAUUCUCCUCCAUACAGAUCACAUAAAACUUGACUUCCGAUGGCGGGUACUUGAUUAUGUUUCAAUUGUUUUGUGAGUGAGGAUAUUGCCUGGAGUUCAUUUUAUUUUGUGCUAGAAGUGUCUAUGGUGUCUAGUGCCAUCACACCCUUUUUAGUAGCCCUUUCAAAUAAAUACAUAAAAUUGUUGGCCGCCACUAUUUCUGUUAAUUCCAAUGCUUCUUUAAGCGUCUUUCUAUGUAAGGAACCUCCAACCGAUGAGUUAAUCAUUGUUCUUGAGACUUGAGAGACGCCAUCAUAAAAAGUUUGGAUUUGAAGCCAUUCAAAAAAGACAUGAUGUGGACAUCUUCUAAGCAUCUUCUUGUACCUCUUCCAAGUUUCAUAGAGGGAUUCACUCUUUUUUUGGGAGAAUGAAUUGAUGUCAUUCCUCAUCCAGGGCAACUUUUGGAGUGAAAAAUAUUUAGUUAAAAAUUUGCUAACUAAAUCCUCCCACGAAGUGAUGCUGUCCAAGGGUUGAGUUUGGAGCCAUUACGUGGCCCUGUCUCUAAGAGAGAAAGGGAAGAGACUUAGCCGAAUGGCUUCAGGACUAACUCCAUUACUCUUCAUCAUGUCACAUAACUGCAGAAAAUUAGCUAUGUGGAUGUUCGGAUCCUCUUGAGGGCUACCUCUAAAUUGGUCUCGUUGUACCAAGUGGAUUAGUGAAGACUUUAGUUCAAAGUUAUUUGUUUGAAUCAUGGGCUUUACUAUGCUAUCUCCACAACUUUUGAUGGUUUAUCAGUGGCUAAGAGAAAGGGGGUUGAAUCUUAGCCCCCUUUUCGCUUAGUAACUCUUGCUGUCCUUUAGAACACUUGAGGAGAUAUUUUUUGUUUUUGUCUCGUGCUUAGUCAAGAGACUUUUUCGUUUUGUUUCGUGACCAGCCAGGAGAUAUUUUUCAGUUUUGUCUCCUAUGCAGCAGAAUCAGAAAUGGAGUAGAAGAAAGAGAGAAUUAUACCAAGAUAUAUCCUGGUUCAGCUGCUAAGUGCAAUGCAGCCUACAUCCAGUAUCCAUCACAACAAUGAUGGAAUUUCACUAUAAUCAUCUUUGAUUACAAACACCAAUUUUCCCUAGGAACAACCCUUCCUAUCCGGGACAAGUCCAGAAUCUAACCCGAACCCUGAACUUGACUUGGUCAAUACCAAGCUUUCAACUGCUAAGUGCUAACCAAACUUGUAAGGGAAUUCCCACAGAUUUACAAAGGACCUCUAAGGGCAUCUAUGGCUUUUUUUCUUUUAAUUUUGUGCACUCUGCCUUUUUUCACUCUAUGGCUUUUUCUUUACAAACCUCACUGUUUGCCUUUUUUCAUGAAACUCAUGACAGACAAAAUUAAACAAAAAAUUACAAAAUAGAAAACAUUGAAGGAGAAGAACUUCUGUUAGCUUAGGUAGCUAUGUGAACACUAUGCUUUCACUCUUUUCCUUACUUCAAGCCCUGGCUGUUCUCCCUUAUUUAUAGAAGGGGAAGCCUCCAUGGUUGAAACUGUUGAACCAAGCUAAACUUCUUCUUCUUUAUGAAAAACCAGUUCGGCCAGAGAGAGAGAGGAGAGAUAACCGAAUGUAAACCCAACAUGUAAUUACCUCCGUGUCUUCUCUUGGUCACCAAUCUUCAUCAAUUCGAGCCAUCCAUCUUAACUUGCACUCCAAGAAGGAUUCCUAGCCCUUGAUGAGUUCUUGAUAAUGACAGCUUCAUCUGCUCCAACUUCUGCAUCCUCCAUCACGUAGCCACUGUAGCUACCUCCUAUGGUGGUUGAUCAAAAGCAGAGACAAGCCAUGCCUCCAAGGAUCUUCUUCCUAUGAUCGAGUUGAUCUUCUUUCUUUUUUAGGGUAUGAAAGGCUUAAGAUUACUUCACCACAUCUUACCUUUAGUGGUAAAGAUCUUAGUCACAUCACACUUCAGAUUUUAUUUUUCUUGAUGUCAUCAUUACAAUGACCUUAUCACUAGCUUCUUCUUCUUUCAGAUGGUAGCUUAAAAUUUCUUCCAUAGUUGCUGUGAAGUGACCGAAAGUAAGAAGAGAGAUGAGAGAGAAGAGAGAAGACUUUCAAUGUAAUUUGAAUGAAGAAAUAAAAUUGAAUUAAUUUUGCUUCCCUUUUGCUAAGAGUGGCGUGGAGCACUAUUGAUAGCAAUCAAAUCAAAUGCUGUUUUUCUCUCAUGGUUCCAAUGCAAUUAAUGUGAGUUGAAUUAAAUUUGAAAUCCAUCUUAUAACGAGAGAAAGAGAGUAACCGAACUAAGCAGCAAGUUUCCCUCUUUCUCAUUUUUCAAUUUGGAUCAAGCUACUAGAUCUCUUCUUCAAACUAAUUUGGGCUAAUAGUAGUUAAUUUUGGCCCAACAAGAGUAAUAAUAAUUCAGCCACAACACUUUAAACAUUU